AUGCACACGAAAUUGAACGUUUUCUGCCUCGGUACCAAGUCAGAGUCGAGUUCCAUGUCCCGAGAGAUUGAUCCUUGGACGUACCUGCAGGACGACGUUCCCAUCCUGGAACCACAAAUCUUCGCAACGGGUAACUUGAGGGCGACUAGCAGUGGCACCCGUUCUGUCGCCUUGAUUAUCAUCCUCCGUCCUUUUCCUCUUGGCGGUGUGAGAGCUUUGUCCUGUGGUCAUUGUAUCAAUAAAGGAGGUCUACGCGCAGGCGAGAGAAAUUUGAUGCUGGGGCAUCCGUGGGAACCUCUCCUGGGGCCCUCGAUUGAUGUUUCGCGAAGGUCGUCACACAACCCUGACCAACGCCUCGCCUACACCAUGUUCCUCCCACGAUCCUUCAAGCUUCAACUUGGAACGUAUUCGCCUCCCUCUUCGAUGGUUCCAUCGCGGUCUAAACGACCGGAACAGUACCCGGAGCUCGUAAUCUUGAGCACAUCCAGGACGCCAACGACAAUUUCGACCGCGACGGCCCCAGCCACCGAAGAUGUUGACGAAGACACUCAAACCGAAAAGCCCCAACCUUUAUCUAGAGAUUUUGGCAUAAUCCCUAUACCACGAAGGCUCCGUUACAAUCCCGAUAUCCCGUUCAAGUUUGGCCUUGGUUUGAAUAUCGCGUUUGGGUUUGCGAGCACGUUCGCCACUGUUGAGUAUGGGUCACCAUCGCUCCGGAGUAUCAGCCAGCAACUCAAUCUUCAUCUAGUCCAAUUCUCUCACUCCUUCCGGGUGACGUAUGGAGAGGUUUCUCGAUACGCCUGCGGCCUACUCCUCAUCGCCCCGCUGGGAGACCUUGUCCGACGACGACAACUCAUGCUGACGAUUGUCACGCUCUCUACAUCACUAACGAUAGGAUUGGCCGUUACAAAUAGUUUCCACGUCUUUCAAGCCCUUAAUUUCCUCGUCGGCAUCGUCUCUGUCACACCGCAGGUCCUCCUCCCACUGGCCGCAGAUCUCGCUCCGCCAGAGCGCCGAGCGUCAGCUAUCUCUGUAGUCUUAUCUGGGCUCCUGUUCGGUAUCUUGAUGGCCCGAGUGCUUGCUGGUAUCAUCGCCGAGUUUGCCUCCUGGAGAGUGGUCUAUUACUUUGCCAUAAGCGUGCAAUCAGCCGUGCUCCUCGGAUGCUACCUCAUGUUGCCGGAUUACCCGUCCAAGAACAAGGACCUGACUUACUUCGAAAUCCUCGGAACUAUGGGAAAGUUUGCCGUCACGGAACCCAUCCUCAUCCAAGCCACCCUCGUCAACAUGGCUUCCAGCGCCUGCUUCACCAACUUUUGGGUCACGCUCACCUUUUUGCUUGGUGGACCUCCUUACAACUACUCGACUCUAGUCAUUGGCCUUUUUGGUCUCAUCGGCAUGGCCGGAGUCGCGUUUGGACCUGUUGUGGGCUACGUUAUCGACAGACUCGUGCCCUGGUACGCAUCGCUGUUUAGCGUGUUCAUGUCGCUCUUGUUCCAAGGCAUCCAGACUGGUGCAGGAGGUAUCAAUGUCGGCGCCGUGAUUGUGACUGCUUUUGGCCUCGAUGUCUUCCGCCAGAUGUUACAAGUAUCCUUGACCACCGCCGCAUUUUCAUUGAAUGCGGUUUUGAUUCUUGGGAUCUUCGUCGGACAAGUUAUGGGAACAUCAGUUGGAACACACCUAUUCGUCACCUACGGCUGGAGAUCUGCUGCGUAUCUGAACCUUGGUUGGAUGGGUUUACAAAUAUUCCUAUUGCUCAUCCGCGGGCCUCACUGCAAGCGAUACACCUGGUUUGGUCAUGAAGGAGGGUUGAGUUGGAGGAAGACCCAAGAUGCGAAGGAAAGGACGUCGCUGGAGGAUGAAGAGGUGAAGAAGCGGCAAGAGCAGGGCGUUGAACUCGAGACUCGACCACCGAUUCCUCCGGAAUUAAUGUCUGGAGAUCAGACUCGGAGUCGCACCGUUUCCUCCAUCAUUGCGAAGGAGAGAGAUGACUCUGCUCAGACGUUGGUGCAGAUUCUGGGUACGGGUGGGGAAGGAGAGGAAGAUGCGGGGAAAAAGAAAGAAUAG